GCACGUUGGGAAAACACUUUCAAAGAGGCCAAACAGGCUCGACAUCUACAGCCAGCAACUCUCCGCUACAGCAACACCCCUCUGCCGCUUACACCCAGCAGCCAUGACAGAGAGACGUAUUCCUUUCACCCUGCUCCGCACCCCGAGUUGGGACCCAUUCCGGGACUGGCACCAGCAGAGCCGCAUUUUCGACCAGUCCUUCGGCAUGCCGGCCAUGCCAGAGGACUUCACUACAUUCCCCAGCACCCACUGGCCGGGGUACCUGCGGCCCUCCAUCCUGGCCCCGGACAUGGCCUCCAUGAUGACCCACACCCCCAUGAUGCCCCACACCCCCGUGAUGUACCCAGGCGCCCUGAUGGCCCAGCACGCUCGUGCCCUGUCCCGCCAGGUGAGCAGCGGCAUGUCAGAAAUCAAGCAAACCCAAGAUAACUGGAAGGUGUCCCUGGAUGUCAAUCACUUCUCUCCUGAGGAGCUGGUGGUGAAGACCAAGGACGGUGUGUUGGAAAUCACUGGCAAGCAUGAGGAGCGGAAGGACGAGCAUGGUUUUGUGUCCAGAACCUUCACCAGGAAAUACACCCUCCCCUCAUCAGUUAACAUCGAGAAGGUGACCUCCUCCCUGUCUCCUGAAGGGGUGCUGACCGUGGAGGCUCCUUUGACCCCGCAGGCGAUCGAGUCCUCAGAGACCACAAUACCCGUCAAUGUGGACAACAAAGGUGGCGUGGUGAAGAAGUAGGAAGAAGAGAAACGCAGUGUGUCCCACGCAAACACACACACACACACACACAUUCAAAUAAGCACUUUAUUUCUGCAACGUCCUUCUAGAAAGGUGAGGAAGCGGCUUAUCGCUCUCCCUAAAGCAGGCUUGUUCACACGCCAGAGAGAGGGAAGCAAGGGCAAUCCCUUGCUUCCCUCUCUCCCCUCUCCCCUCUGUCUCUGGUAAUGAGCCAACCUCAACUGAGUUCACUGUGCAAACACAUCUGCACCAGUGCCAUAUGCCUGCUCUUACACUCUACAUCAGAAUGUGGAAAAUCUCAGCUUAGCCCCACCGGCUUUCUUUCCCUUUCUCCCUCACUUACACACACAUACACCUUUUUCCUUUCCAUCGGGCAAAUCGCCUUCAUGCCGCCUCUGCAGACACGCUAAAGACUACAGCAAAGCAGACUGUAAUAGUAGUGAUCUUGUAAAUUUAAGAACCGAGGUCCCAUGAAAGUAUUCGCCACCACUCUAAGUGCAGAACAAUGCCUGUUAGCAAUCACACGGUGGUCUCCCUGGACUGGAAAUAGACUGGUUGUAUCUGUAAUUGCUGUUGGAAAAAGAAAUUCAGUCAUGCAAACACAGAAUAAACAACAUAGUGAGUCUCUU